AUGAAAAUUCGUAAUUGUAGGAUGGCUCUUAUGUUGAGGAAAUUACUCUCCCCAAACAUUGUAAUUCUUUAUCUAAACAACGUUUUCCGGUUCUGCUUUAUAAGUUUUAUGUUCGUAACGGUAUAUUUUCAUAUUUUUAACUCUUUUAGUUUUGCUUUCUGGUAUUCUUCUUACUGCUUAUUUUAUAAAGAGAAAAACUGUCUGUUUUUUUUUUUUUUUUUUUUUUUUUUUUUUCAGAAUACUGCAGGCUUCCUUGAUGGCUGUUUAAUUAUAAUGUACAUGCUUGGCGCACUGAUACAAUUUUAUAUAUUAUGCUACUCUAUCCAGGAAUUAAUCGAAGCGAGCAAAAACGUAUCGGACGACGUGAUACAUGAAAAAUGGUAUUUCCACGACGUAUCGUUACAACGCGCAAUUGUUAUGGUGAUUCUGACUAAUAAACUCGAGUGCAAAUUAUCUAGUCUUCAAAACAUUAAUCUGACUUUGUCCUCUUUCAUGUCGAAAAAUUUCAUGAAACACAAGUACUAUUCUCUUAUGAUUCUCUUACAGAGAUACUUAUAUCAUCAUAAAUGUCUAAUAAACAAGAAACAACUAGUAACAUUCAAGAACAUUAGAAAUUUCUUACCAUUAAUGACGAUACUUCACAAUCAUUUUAUGUACCUGAACAAGUUUCCACCAGGCUCUCUUUCGACGGGAUACGAGUUUUUCCCGCGAAUCUGAGCAGGAUGCCUCUCUCCAGGAGACGUUGUAUGCCUUUACAUCGUGGUUCAUCGGCCAAACCAAACGUACCUUGA